GUAUUUUGUGCUGUAAUAUGGAUCGUCUCCAAUGCUCCUACUUUUUGAAACAAAACCUGGAUGAAACAUUAAUAAGAGAAAAUCAAAAAUAGGUAGGAUUCACAUCCAUUUUCUGACCCCUUCUUGAACUGAUUGUACAUUUGUCCAUUCACCCGUCGUUCAUCCGGAUCAUACGAAACGAAAACAGAGCAUUUCUUGGCAAACGGCAGCAGCAACCGGCACUUUCGUUGCCUGUGUCGUCACGUAAAUCUCCACCAUACUGCACACGGCCCACACUAACCUUCGUCCUUUCGACUCUUUCGACCUCGUACCCUAGUCUCAUGCAUUCGUUUCCGUUCACCGAAACACCAAAAUCGACCAACAUUUGCCUGGUCGCAUACAAGUUUGAUCGAGUUUCGCAUACAACUUGCACUCAACUUGCCGUACACCGGGCGAACUGCUUUGCAAGGAUAAAACCGCACGUGAAGGAUAAAAAUCGACGAACCGCCAACCAGCCGAUUGUGGAGCCGAUGCGCGUUAAAACAAACAUCGAAUUCCCGAACAUACACGAGUUGCGCUCGGGUGAAAAAGGAAAAACCACAACAAAACAGCUGAAUGGUUCGGGUUUCCUUGUUUUCUUCCCUUUUGCCAACCGAAGUCCUUUUCGGUUACGGCUUUCCACAUGGUGAAAAGCCAUGCUGUGGGCUCGUUCGCUCCCUCGUUGGAGCUAGUAGUUUUGGGAGGUGCGCAAUACGGUUGUCUUUGUUCCACUGCUGGCGGCAAUGAAAUCAUCCUUUAUGGGAAAACAGAGUCGAUCCUUUUUCAAGAUUUUCCCUACACUGGUUGUCUUGCUCGUGUACGCGUCAUUUGCCUCUCCACGGAUGUGUUACACAUGUUCAUCCCUUUCCCACGCGUAAUGAGCUUUCCCAGGUGCAUGCGUUUUCCCGCCGGCCCUCCCAUGCACGGUGUGGUGAAUGUCGGAAUUUCGGGAUCGGAAUGCUCGGGCUGGCGAGAAACUGGGCCUUUUGUCAACGGAGGGUCAACCCGUUACUUUCAGUGCCGUUUAUCCUUCCGCCGGGAUAGGAAGCUCUUGAACGCCCCGGAGCGUACGCGCGUGUUCGCCCACCCUUAGUUCUCUUCUCCUCGCGUCUUUUUCCAGACACACUCGCCCUCGCGCCCUCUCUCUCACUCACUCUCUACCACUCUCUCUCACUCUAUGUGUGUGUGAAUUGAUGUCAAUACGUUCAUGUGUCUGUGUGUGUUCGUGUAUGUGUACAUCGCCGUCUAGUGUGUCCGUGUGUCGAUCGUGUGUUCGGUGUAAAUGUCCUAAAGGAGGGCAAUAAAUUCCAGGCGGCCUCAGGAAGGUCCAGAGGUUGCAGAGCAAGAAGGGACAACCCACCUGCCAGGAAGAGACCCUUGUGGUGUCGAAAUACGGCCAACAAAGGUGUAUGGAAUUGAAAAUUAUUGCAUCUGAAGGGCAACCUGUGCUAUCUGUCCUUGAAUUUGCACCACCGAAAGAUCGAAAGAAUUAGCAGCCCGUACAGUAGUGACCCCUGAACAGACCCGUGGGUGGUGGUUAGAGGCAAGAGCAAAGAAACUAUUUGCCACCAUCAGCAAAUAAUGUGCAACAAUAAGGAAAAUAUAUACGAAAACAGUAGCUCGUUGCAGAUCGUCGUCUUAAUGUCGUCAAUGUAUUUGGUUCGAUUACUGUCCGAGUGAGAGAGAGACCCUUUGGUUCGAUUUGAUACGUUCGCAUUUUGGUGUGCGUGUCGUGUGUUGUGUGUUGUGUAUGUGUGUUGAGUGUAAAAAUUGGUGUCGUGCGAAAAUCGGGAACAAACGACCUUUUGCUUCCCAUGUGUGUGCUCUAAAUGUGGUUACAUUGAUUUUCCAACGUUUGAAUGUCGUACAAUGUCGGUCGAUGUCGCUUAAUGAAGCUUAAUCUAGCGAAGUUCAGUAGAGCGGCAAUGAAAUGAAUGCAAAACAGUACGAGAAUAAUGGAAAUGAAAGCCUGAUGAGUUAAGAAACCCCUUCAUUGGAGCAUCGAGUUGAACAAAACGUGUCAGUAUUAUUGUAUGAAGACAUAUCCGUGUACUUAAGUCUUGAGUUUGGAGUGAAACAAUGUCACCCAAAAGGACAACAGUGCAAGUGUUUCGGUAUCAAUUCAGCAUGAAUCUUUCCGAAAUUGGUAGAAUUAUGAAACUAUUUAUUAUGUUAGAUUGAGCGAUAAAACGGUAAAAUCAUCAUAAAUCAACAGUGAGUGCACCUGAGACCGGUGUUGAAGGAGUCAAUCCUCACAGUGAGCGAGAGUGAUUUGUGGUCUGUGGGAGGAAAAAAUUGAAAAAAAAAUCAGCAAGUGAAGAAAAUAUCAAAAGAAGCAAUAAAAGGUACAAUAGAAAUGAUGCACGAUAGCGCACGGCGAGAUUUGAUAAUUGAAACGUCAAAGUGUGACAACAUCGUUGCGUGAAGUGAAGUGAAAAAAGUGUUUUUUAGCCAAGUGAACGCACCUGGGCCAACACGGUAAUGCAUUCUGUGAAGUGAAUUAUGUAAAAAGAAUGCUCCUUUAACUUGAAACCUAACACGCGAGCGGUUUGAAGAGGCAAAUAAAAAACGCAUAAAACACAUACCACGCUAGUUCGUUCAGCACAGUUCAAACAAAUAUCACGUGCGGCUUAGUGUCACACGCGUGUCACACAACGGUCGAGCAUUGCGCGCUCAGCCCAUUCCCAAAUCCGGUGCGGUGGACCUGCACCCGCAGCGGGCACCCGUUGCACGUAUGCACGUAGUGGGGCCGACAUUGGGUCGACAUAAUAACAUAAUUAUUAGCACCGAGUGGGCACAACACAAAGGGACGGUGGAAAAGCGACACGAGCGGGGACCCUUUAACACAUUUUUUAACAUAAUGACAUUAUGUCCGAAGACAAUGUGAGUGGAUAAUUUAUGCGCGCGAAGCAAAUGGAUGAACAGCGUACAUAUUAAUAACAAUAGUAAAGUAAUAUUAACGAUAAUCGUGCUACAUUAAGCCCGCCAGUGGUGGUGGGUGCGUACGUGACGUGAAAUAGAAAAAAAAAACGGGAACGAAAUCCCGUUUCAAAAACAAACCGUAAUCCCUCCCGUGGGAAGAAAAACAAGGAAUGAAAAUGCUAAAUGUUUGGUGUUUGGAGUGAGUGGAAGAGGUUUGGAAAAAUGUAUGAUUUAUUGACGGUUACCGGGGCGGCGGAUAAGGGCGCAUUGAGCCAAUGCGAGAAUUAAUGUCCGCCAGCUAGUGGUUAACCGGCAGCGAUUGAGUGGUUACGAAGCGCGUGACAAGCCUUCCAAAAACAAUAAGUAUAAAGGUUGAUAAAAGCAAAAAGAAAGCUGCUUAAGCGCUUAUUAAUAGAGCGUAGCAUCAGUGAAGCUGCCUAAGCGCUCGUUAAGAGAAUGGUUUAGAAAAACCGAAGCGGGAAACUAUAUAAACUAUAAAACAAAAUUCAACCCCGGUGAGCACACUCACCAAACAUAUCGGUUAGCUGCCUCGACAACUAACCCCAACAGCGCACCCCGUCAACACCGGAAAGCUGGACCACGCACCGGUUUCCAUGAUGGCCGGCUACCGGCAUCUACCACCGCAUCACCAAGCCCGGCCCGGGAUGUACCAUCCGCUGGCCGGGCACGGUAUGCUUUAUCCGCCGCAGCCGGCCCACGGUGGCCCCACCAUGAACAGCCUGCAGCAGCAGCAGCAGCAGCAGCAGCAACAGCAGCAACAGCAUCAACAGCAGCAACCCGGUGCACAAAUGUCCUCACACUCCCACCAUCCCCAGCAGCAGCAGCAGGGUGGCGGCUCAGCAGCUGGUCAUCAUCAACCACCGAUACCUCCACCGUUACCUCCGAUGCACACGAUGCACCCGCAGCAAUCGCAGGCGCAUCAUCCGGCCGCCGCCCAUGCACAUCCGCCUCAUCCGCACCAUAUGCUGACGCGGCACUACCUCGGCAUGCACGCGGGCCAUCCCCGGUUGCACGGGCUCAACAUGACCUCCAGUAUGCCACUGAAUGCAAAUGGUGAGCCGAUCAAACUUCCGGACAAUUUGGAGAGUUUACCCCGGGCAGACCAUUUCCCAACCCAGCGACACCGGUGGAAUACCAAUGAGGAAAUUGCGGCCAUCCUAAUCAGCUUCGAUAAACAUUCCGAGUGGCAGUCGAAGGAAGUUAAAACGAGACCGAAAAGCGGCUCGAUGCUGCUGUACUCGCGCAAAAAGGUGCGCUACCGGCGCGACGGCUACUGCUGGAAGAAGCGCAAGGACGGCAAAACGACGCGCGAAGACCACAUGAAGCUGAAGGUGCAGGGUACGGAGUGCAUCUACGGCUGCUACGUCCAUUCGGCCAUCCUGCCCACCUUUCAUCGGCGCUGCUACUGGCUGCUCCAAAAUCCGGACAUUGUGCUGGUGCACUAUCUGAACGUGCCGUACCCGGACGACAACAAGAUGGCCGUGAUCACGCCCAACCUCGCGCUGUGGGGCGACAAGAAGGAGUGGACCAAGGAGGAGUUGGUCAGUCAGCUGAAGCCAAUGUUUUUCCCCACAGUUUUCAGCGAGGACGAACCGGACACGGCGAACGAGAUCGAAAUCUCGACCGCCGAAACGGUGGAAGCGAUCGUGAGCCAGCUGAUGGAGAAGCAACGCAUGGCCCGCCAGACGGCGCUGGUGAAGCAACUCGAGUGUGGCUGCCCGGACGCAAACUGUGCCGACGGGAAGUCCUGCUCGCAUCCGAUGCGCCGUAUCAGCGCGGCCAAGAGCGUCCAGGAGCUGGGCAAGCGGUCGGAUGGGCAUGCGGGCGGUGGUGGUGGUACGGCACCGAACGUACUGAUCGGUUCCAGGAUGUAUCCCCGAUGGUUGGAUAAUCGAAGGAUGGCGACGGGACGGGUCGAGCAGCAGCAGCAGCAGCAGCAGCAAUCGCAACACCCGUCCUCGCACACCAUCCUCGACCCGAACGGGGCGCGUGCCAUCACGCCCAAGACGCUCGACACGUCGAUACACUUCCAAGUCAUUCCUACCUCGGUGCAGAAUUCAAUUAGGCCCGGCGGCAAUCAGAACGCUUCCGCCCUGGGGACGCUGAGCAUCAGCAACGGUAGCUCACAAUUAACAAGUGUCAGCGGUCACAUUACAAACGGCAUCGUCGGCUCGCAAGCCAAUCAUCUCGGUGGGCAUCGGUCGGCCAUGAUUAUCACAAGCAAUCAGCAUCAGCAGCAGCAGCAGCAACAGCAGCAGCAGCAACAUCAUCAACAACAGCACCAACAUCACCAACAUCCCCAGCAGCAUCCCAAUGUGCAUGGGCAUCCUCACCACGGGCAUCCUCAUGCCCAACAGCAACAUACGCUUACGAUGAACGGUAACAGUAAUUCGUCCAACAGCAGUAGUAACGGCAGCAACAGCAACAACAGUACCAGUAAUAAUAACACCAACAACAGCAACACCAGCGUAAGCACCAGUGUCGGUAGCAAUCAAUUAGCCACCCUCGGCCACUCGAGUCAAGUGACGGCGUCGAACGGCACCGACCGGCCGAACGCUACGAACGGCGUACCUGCGACUGCUCGCGAUGCGAACAUUAAUCUUAACGGCAGCAACGAGAAUCAUAUAUCAAUGAUCGGUUCCACCGGUCAGGGCAGCAAUCGUGCAUCGAACGGCGGCGGUGGCGGCGGCGAUUCGAACGCUACCAAUGGCACGCUGUCGAAUAGUGGAGGCAGCAACGGCGGCCAGAGCCAGGGUACGACGGUUCAUCAUAAUCGAAUCUCGGUCAAUGGUAACGGUGCAACAUCGACACCGCCGCUGGUGCUUAGCUUGGGGCAGAACCUUGGAGGACCGGGCAGCUUGCUGAUACUGAACCAAGGCAACCAGCAGCAGUCGUACGUUUGUCAGCAGGCGCAGCACCAGAAAGCGAACGACGGCAAGGACCACGAUGGGUCGAUCAAGACCGAAUCAUCCGCUGGUUCGGUGGCGAAGCAGGAAAUGAUGGACGCGUCAUCUUCGCCCGUCCCUUCACUAUCGCACCAUCAGCAGCGACAGCCGUCCCAGCAGUCGAACAGCUCCCCGUCAUCCGCCACUGGCGGCAGCUCCGAUAAGCAAUCGUUCGAUAGUCUGUUUGGCUAUCAGGAUCAGACACCGAUGGCCAGUCCGGUACAAAGCAUGGAAAGUAGCAGUGGCGGCGGUGGCGCUGGUGGUUCCGGUGGUGCCCCAACAACGCACCACCACGACAAUCUACCGUUCUUCAACGAAACGCUCGAUUUGUCGCAGGAAGAUAUACAGAAGACGCUGAGCGCCAACAUGCCGCUCGGGGGGCAUGUCGCCGGCCACGACACUGCGCCGACCGAUGACGCCAUGAACGGGGAGAUCAAUCCGAUGGACUUUAUCGAGAACUGUGGCGAUAAUCACGGCACGGUCGAUGACGAUGUGUUUGUGAAUCUGGACGCGUUCGAUAUGCUGGUAGAGUUCCCCGAGCUGGAGCUGGAUGCGAAGAGCGAGUUCCUGCGCUCGGAUGACGGGACGGACGACACUGCCGGUGGGGCGGGCGAUCUCGCCGGUGACAGUGGCAGUGAGCUCGGCCAGUACAAGCAUCAGGUACAGAGUGCAUCGCAGCAGCAACAGUCAUCGCAGCCGCUGCCGAACGCGUCCACCAUAACGGACUUUAGCCCGGAAUGGGCGUACCCGGAGGGUGGCAUCAAGGUGCUGGUGACCGGGCCGUGGAGUGCCAGCUCCGCCUAUACAGUAUUAUUCGACUCGUUCCCGGUGCCGACCACGCUCGUGCAGGACGGUGUGCUGCGGUGCUACUGCCCGGCGCACGAGGUCGGCAUCGUGACGCUGCAGGUCGCCUGUGAUGGUUUUGUGAUAUCCAAUGCGGUCAACUUUGAGUACAAAUCUCCGCCAAAGUUCGAGACGAAGUGCGAGGGCAACGGGAACGAUAUGCUGUACAAGUUCAAUCUGCUCAACCGGCUGGAGUCGAUCGACGAGAAGCUGCAGAUAAAGGUUGAGCCGGGAGAGCUGCCGGAGGAUACGCUCCUCUUCAAGCAGAAUAACUUUGAGGAUCGACUUGUGAACUACUGUGAAACGCUUACCGCUAAAAUGUGGCGCUCUGUAACACCUGGUCCGUUCAUCGAUAAACACCAGGGCAUGACGCUGUUACAUCUGGCGGCAGCUCUCGGAUAUGCCAAGCUGGUACGCACGAUGCUUACCUGGAAGGCUGAGAACUCCAAUGUCAUACUGGAGGCUGAAAUCGAUGCCCUCAGCCAGGACAAGGACGGUUACACGCCGCUGACACUGGCCUGCGCCCGGGGCCACACCGAGACGGCGAUCAUACUGUACAAGUGGAACCAGAACGCGCUGAACGUGCGCAACAACGCGCAGAAGGGCCCGGUCGAGGUGGCGCGCGACUACGGCCACGGUGAGCUGGCCCGCGAGCUCGAGCGGCAGGAGAAGGAGCGGCUCAGCCAGCAGCAGCGCACACCAACCAGUGCUUCCAUUCCGACGCUUGCCUCCAUCACGUCGUCGACGACGGCUUCUUCCGGCACGCAUUCCUCCGCUUCCUCCGCUUCGCCAAACGCAUUGCCAACCAGCUGCUCGAACCACUCUUCCAGCGCCUCCUCACCGUCGGCCUCGCCGGCCCAAGCGUCCCAGGAUCUGCUCAGCAAUCUGAACGAAAGCAAUAGUAGCAGUAGCAAUGGUAGCAACACCAGCAGCAACAGUAGUACAGCUGACUGUAAAGCCCCGGACGGUAAUAACAACCUGCAGUCGGGUGGUAUGAGCAGUGAUCUGCACUCGCUGACGAACGAUGCAUCCGGGACGAUGCACAACUUCCUGAACCUGAACCAAAUCUUCAGCUACGGCGAGGGCCUGCACGGGGCGAACAGCGAUAGCUGCAGCAACGACAACUUCGGUCUGGUGGCGGCCUUCAAUCCGUCCCUCUCGCCGACGGGUCUUUCGCCGUACAGCGAGAUGAAGGGUUCCUGCUCGUCCACCGGGUCGCAGGGCGGCGGUGGGCUACACUACGGGCUGGAGAACACCAACUCCAAUCCGAUGCUCUCGAACGCACUGUCACCGAACUCGGACAGCAACCGCAGCCAUGACGGUGUGUUCUUGCGGCCCGGUGCCGUCUACUCGAGUCAAAGCCCACCGGGUGCGCGGCUCUCCAAGCGCUCGUCGAUCGACAGUGGCAUCAAUAUGGACAACCGUUCGGUGGCGCUCAGCCGCACCGGGAAAGCGUUCCGCGAGGCACAGCGCACAAACCGGAUGGAUCGAAGCAUGUCGCUUCCGCUCGCAUCUGGCGGCGGUGGUGGUGGUGGUGGACAGCCCAGUGGCAAGAAUCAACCCGGCACACCGUCCAGCACGGCCGGGGGCGAUCGUGAGACGGACAGCUUCUCGCUAUCUCUAAGCGAACGCACCACGGAGUCGCCGUCGCAGGUUUCGAGCAAUGUUUCGUUGCUGUCACCGUUGCGCAAGAUGGACUUUGCACUGUGUGAGGUUUCGGCUACGGAAACCAGCCCGAUGUGCGAAGACGCCGACUCGUUGCAGGAGGACGACUGUCACCAUCAGCUGCCUGACAGUAUGGAUAUGGGUCCGGGGACGAGUGGGAACGGUGCCGGUGCCGUGACGAAUGCCGUAGGGGAUUCCGAUGCAAAGGUGCUUACACUUGCCGAACAGAUCAUAGCCGCAAUGCCAGAGCGUAUCAAGAACGAAUCGGAAGAAACCAUGUACCUUGGCAGUCCGCUGCCGGACUCCCUGAACGAGGAUACGGCCGGUAUGGGCAUACUGAACGACACCUUCAUGGAACCGUUGCUCGAUUCGCUCCCUUCGUCGCAGUUCGAUCAGGAGUUCAAUUUCGAGUUCAGUGAUCAUAACUACCGCUACCAUGACGUUGGUACACCCUGCUCAAGCCUCAGCCCGGCAUCGUCCGGUCCGCUACAGUCUCCUGCCAGCUAUUCGAUCCCGCAAGAUCAUCCCGUCGGCUCGCCGAGUCCACCUCCAACUACGCAGGAUUUCACCGAGUUUCUCCAAUCAUCGAACGCAACUGUACGGCCGUUUGAAGCCGAUUUCUCUAACCUAAAGCUAAAUGAUCGUGAGCAGCGUGAGCUGUACGAGGCGGCCAAAUGCAUCCAGAAGGCGUACCGAUCGUACAAGGGGCGCAAGAGCCGCAUGGAGGAGCAGGACAAGGAGCGUACAGCCGCCGUCGUGAUACAGAACUACUACCGGCGGUACAAGCAGUACGCGUACUACCGGCAGAUGACGCAGGCCGCCCUCGUCAUCCAGAACGGCUAUCGCUCGUACUGUGAGAACAAGCGGUUCAAAAAGUCACAAACCGCCCAACAGCAGCAGCAGCCGGUGACGAGCAGCGAGGAGGACAAGGCGUCCGCCCAGUGUCUCGAGACGUACUACCAGAACUUCCGCAACGAGCAGAAGCAGCAACAAUCGCCUCAGCAGCAACAGCAGAACAAUCAGCCAGGUGGUUCCGGCUCGAAGGAACCGAGUCCGUCGGGUCCCCUGAAACGAACUUAUUCGCAACGAACACAAAAUCAGGCCGCUAGGAAGAUCCAGCAGUUUAUGAGACAAUCGAAAAACAAUACUUGGGAUGAGCAAAUGACUAACUUGGCUACAGAGAGAACGAGCCGAAAAAGAGAGGCUGGUCCACCUACGCAGGGUGGAGUACCUCCAAAGCUUGCAGUGUCACGAACAGCCCGAGGCUCCACCACCUACCAGCGCUCCAAGGUGAACUGAAACAGGACGCGAGCGUACGGAUGGCGCUACCCACACGGAACACUGUUCACGCUCGCCCGAAUGCAGCCAGUUUGAUGGAAACUCAUCGAAGCUAGGCGUAGGCGUGUAAGAAAGGAAAAUUGUUGUCGAAUUAAUUGCGUUACUUUUUACAACGAUUUGUUUUGUCAGGACACUUGUUCACGUUUUUUUUUGAUUAUUUAACCGAUUUUGGGUUCUCACACACACAUACACACACCCGUUGACGUUACGCAUGUAGUGUGAGUGUUAAUUUGUUUCUGUUGUUUUGUUACUUGUAGAAAGUUAAGCAAAGUUACGUUUUAAAACAUUAAAAAGGCAAAACCGUCCCAACGUUGCGUUAUGUUGCGUUACCAUUGUUUCAAGCGGCGUUACCCGGUGUGGUUGAAAUGUUUCACAGCAAGCGCUGUGCGGUGCGUGAAAUGUUUCUGAAACCGCUAAGCUAGAUGGCGCUAGUAUUGUGUUGAGAGAUUUCAGUGCGGAAUCUUUUGAACGAGCAGCUCGUUUAAAAUAAUGAUGAGGCGGCAGCAGCAUUGUGAAACAAAAAAUAUUGCAACUAAAGCGUGUUGAUGAUGGGAGACGUUUAAUCUGAUACCUGAACUUUUAGUAGAAAAUCUAGUCUAAAUAACGUUCUCGCACACCACCUUGUGCGGGUGGUUGGGAAAACAACACACACACAUUGAGAGAGAAAUGGGGACAGAAAGUAGAACAACAGCAACACAAAAGCAAAACAAAACACUGAGAAAAAUGUGAUUUAAGCUCUUUUUUAAAACACGUGUAAAAUGUUCGCCUAUCUCGCGAGCGACUGUUAUUAGAAUCAGCCGAGACAGUGUUUGCCAUAGUACAGCUGUACAGCCAGAGAUAGACUUAUUUUCCCGUGAUAGGAAUGCGAUGUGGUUGAGAUAAAAAGACGAGUUAGACAGAAGAGUUUAGAAAAGUUUGAACUCGACACUGAACGGUACGAAAUAGUGCUAGAAAUAAUUAUUUAUAGCAAAAAAAAAACACUAGUGACUGGCCAUCCUCUCGGUCGAUUACGGUAAUGUUAGCAGUGGUAAGGUACUGUAAAUAGGAAAGGAGAGAAGCGUAGUUUGCAAAGCAAAACCGAGUGAUUAGGUUUGCGCGUUUUGGGCCAGUUGGGCGCAAUUGUACAGCAGAUUGUAGAGCAGUUGUUACUGGUUCAUUGUUUUAUUUAACUGAUGAAAAUCAACUUUUUUACACUACUAGAGCAAAGCGUAGCGGUUGUUGAGGCGUAGAACAAACAGAAACAGAAUCAACAUCUAUUUAUUAUAUCUGACGAGAUCGAGAAACCUAAACUUACACGCUAUAAAUAGGAGCAAAUAAGCUACUAAACUAGAGUCUAAGCUAGCUCUUUUCUCUUUCUAAGGCAAAAAACGGACGAGUAGACGAGUAUUUCAACCUGACGGGCUGAUGUAUAUAGCAAAAUAGUUGGAGCUGGGGUUGUAGAGCGUCAAACAGUGAUUUUCUAUUUGAUUGUUAACUUUUGUUAAAUUGAUCUAGAUGCUAGAAACUGGUAACUAUCAAAACAAACACAUGGCACACGAAAAGCACGUACAGGCAAACGGUGUGCUAGUAUAACGCACCUAGUUUGUGUGAAUUUGUGUGUGUGUGUGUGUGUGUGUGUGUGUGUGACAUGUGUACGUGUGUUUAUGUAAAGAUAUUGCUAAUAAUUACACACUCUUUAGCGAACAGAAGAGAAGGACAAGGAUGAUAAAAACAGCAAACACAAGCAAACGAAAGCGAUCGAAGCUACCUAAUGUAGACAUUAUAUACAUUAAAGUGACAUAUACAUAUAUAGAUAUAUAUACAAGCUAACUAUUUAUCUCUUUUUUACAACGUUUCGAAGCGACAAAAGUGUGUAAAAGAAAACCAAAACAAAAGCAAACUGACACAACGUAGCCACAUACGCCAUUCAAAAACGUCUGUUUCAAACGCGAUCUAGUGAGUAAAUUUCAUCCCUCGCCUUUCCCCCCCCCCCCAUUUGCCGAUCGUAGUUAAGCCGAAAGCAAAAGGACGUGCAGUGCAGUGAAUGCUGAAAGCAACAACAACGGAAGAGGGGGAGGGAGGCAGGGAGUAGUUUUUCGAUGUUUUGUUCAGUCUCUCCAGGGUGACACUGUGUGCGUCCAUCUUAUGACUUUCGAAAAGGAGUAAUAAAAUUUCAAAAAUCUAUCUACAAGCAAACUGUCGGUACGACUGGGUCAAACGAGGUCGCGGUUGAAUCAAAUCAAAGCAACAACAAAAACAACAAACCUCCAUAACUGAUAAGGAUGAACGAGCCGUUUUGCAGGCAGCGGAUGAAAAAGCGAAACGAAAGCAAAAUAAACUGCAAAUCAAUCUGCUCGAGCAAAGAACGAGGUGCUGUAUGGUGGAGUUUAGAUAAAUAGGAAAAAAAGAGGAAAAAGAAGAUGAAUAAGAAGAAGAAAAAGAAGAAAAAGAAGAAAAAGAAGCAGAAAGGAAGCGGAGUUCAGAAGGAAAUGAAAAGAGGAGAAUAGAAGCAGCAAAGCAAAAUCAUGUGACAAAACGAAAAAAGAAGAACUUUUGAACUUAAAAACAAUUUACACUCUCUCAGCUACUUGCCAUUUUGCACUAUUCGACUUUCCAAAUCACGAAUCCACACACCUACACAUACAAGCGGAUCGUUAACUAACUUUAAUGAUUAUAUAUAUAUACAAACAAUAAUAUAAUAAUGCUAAGCGAAUAAGAAAAAUGGAAUGAAGGAUGAAAUAGAGAGAAAGAAGGAAAAAGUAACGUUGAUUGAAGCACAUUCGUACACGAUUGUAGAAAAAAAAAGAUGGGAAAACUAUAUAUUUGACAGAGAGAAGCGAUUAUAGCUAUAUAUAUAUACAUACAUGCAAACAUACAAUUCAUGCAUAUACAUACAUACCUACAAUACAUACGUGCAUACUAUUACCUACUUACCUUACAGUUUAAGCGCGAAGUUCAAGCGACAAAGUUAAAGACGAGUUCCAGUUACUGAAACAAAAACAAAACAAAACAAAAAAAACAACCUUUUUCUCCAUCUGCAACAAACAAAAAAAAAACGACAACAUAAAAGAGAUAAAACACACAACACUAGAAAAAUUGAUAGAUGACAAAUGAUAGGUAACGGUUUAAGCAUUCUUUACAUUCUUCUUGCGAUAGGAAGUAGAAUAGGAAUAACAAAAAAACGGUUCGAAAAAAAGAGAAAGAAAAACAAAAAAUGAAAAACCAAAAAAAAGCACAUAAAAACAGGAAACAGACAAACUGCGUACUUAAACCUACUAACCAAAACAUCAAAUCUUCAAAUCAUUGCAUCAUUUAACGCAAAUUAUGAGAAGGAAGCAAAACAUAUGCGAAAGAAAAGAAAGAAAACAACACAAAUAGGAUAGCGCUAGUAUAAGGAUACAUUUAAAUAAAACAAGAACGAGCAAGAAGUUAGCAACAGAAGAGCCAACCAACACAAUUGGAGGGGAAUUGAGCAAAAGCAAAAGCAGUAUGUCGGUCAAAAGAUAGCUCCAUUUCGAGCUUUUGUAAACGACAGGCGCAAUAUUGUGGAACUAUUUUGUUGAGUGUUUUAUGAAGUUAAUACCGACAGCAGCACAAAGGAAGAAACAAACGGAAUGCUAACACAGAAAAAAAGGUAUAAAAUCUCUCUCCAACGUUGUAACGAUUGAAGAAUGAAAUGUAACGCGUUUUUAUUACACCGUACGGUUGCGGUCCCGUUUGCUCGUUGACGUAUUGUCUUUUCGCUUCCACGAAACACGAACAGUAUUGCAGCUAUGUGAGCAGUGAAUGACACGGUUACUUCAUCAGCAAUAACUAUCGUACGGUGCACAGCUUUAACAAAAAAAAAAAGAACUGGGAUCGAACGAUCCACGAUCCUUUCGAUCGCCACUCUUGUUCUGCUUGUGAAGCGUUUGCUCUUGAAUUUUUGGUAGUUUUUCGCAAAUUAUGAAUGCAGCAGCAAUCUCGUUCACAAAACCUCUACUCUUGAAAGCAAUAAUAACUCCUUGUUUGAACAAAAUAAUAAUAAUAAAUAAUAAACCCAAAACUAAUUCAAUCGAUCAAAUCGAUUGCACUCCCAGACCUGUACCGCUCUGUUUUUGCACCCUCCCUGCACGGCAAAGCACCUGUCAGAAACUUUGAGAAAGAAGGCUUCCGGCCACGAGCGGUCACAAACGCGCAGUAGCAGCAGCAGCAGCAGCCAGCGUGUCAAUUGGCUACUAAAAUCAUAUCAAAGCUCAAGCGGGGGGAGGAUUGAGGUGCCGAUUGGAGCAAAAGUUACGCAUCAGUUCCUUCUUUAACGAAAAACGAAAAUCACGCCCCCGGCACGUGUGAGCUCAUUUUCACGGCAGUUUUGUUGUUGUUGUGUGCGUAGUCUUUACACGAAAAGAAAUGGUUCAAAGUCAACUCGCAAGGCACAGUGGGCUGUGAGAAAACAGCAGCAUUCCUAAUUGGGGAAGUACAAACGCGCGCAAGCGACUCCAACGAUGAUGCAAGGAAGCGGUGAUGCGUGACAGAUGAGGCUAGCCUGGUGCAUAAUUUUUGCCCUCCCCCUGUCACUGUCAGUUAAGGCCAGGUCGGAGCAUCUUUCUGAUAGCUUUUGGCCCGACUUGGGAUUACAUCGUGGUACUGUAAUAGGUAAAAAAAACCAGAAGAUAAGCGACGUUUGAUUGAUCCUUUUUGGGUGUCAUUGGGUGCAAUAUGAGCCCCAAUUACAGCCUUGCAGACCUCCUUUGCUCUUUAUUUCAUUUUCAUUUUCCCUAAGCAGCUCGCUGGUAGCUUUGAUUUCGUAGAACAGUAUGGAAAGAGUAUCAUAUCAGGGAAAAUGGCAAAUGUUGUUGAGGUUAAAGCCAUGUAUAAAACAAGUAAGCAAAAACAAACAAAUAACACAUUAAAAAAACAACUUAAUACGUCCAUGGGAAAAAAAAGAUACAAUACAAAAAUCCCACAAUCAUACACCACUAAACACACAGUGCACGGAUGCAAUUUCUCAAUGCUACAAUUAGGAGGUAAACAAACACACACGCAAAACUACUCACUAAAAAAAGGGAGAAGGAAAUAAAACAACGGUUGUGUCAGAAAUCAGAUUUGAGGAGUUGCUUUAGCAAGAACGUUUCAAACCACACAGCAUUCCUGUGUGUGUGUUUUUUCUCCAGUUUAAUUUCUCUCUUUUUUAGAAACGAACAUUUCUUCCUCCCCGGUUCAGGUUCAGUAGGAGCUUGAACCUACCAAGAGACAGCAGGCACGUUAAAAAAACACUCCAAAAGUAUUAAAAACAAACACUUUCCCUUUAAAUAAACUACACAAACGAACACAAACCACAAGCACAUCUCAUCUCCCAGUGUGCAGCAUCUAGAGUGAUCUAUUGAAGAAUUUAUCUAGCUAGGGCCACCUUGUAGCGCACAAAAGUGCAACCAAAUUUACCCACUUUUGCGUAGAUGCAGAACCUUUGAUAUAGAGAAAUGAACACUGCAAAGCGAAUGGGAAGGGUGUUCAUAGUGAUGUAGAGUAUGCAAUUUGAACUAACUUCUUUCUACCUAUCUACUCACUCUACUUUAAACAUUACAAAUAAAUACAUACACACACAAAAAACGGCGGUACACACCCGUCCAAGCCGCUUUAGUAAAUCUCGCAGAGGACAGAGACACAACCACAUCCACAUUUGGAUAGCUGGAACUGGGAAAACGGCAAACAGUUUAACUAUAUUUUUAUACACCAAAAGGCAAAGCGACUUAUAAGCAAAGCUAUACAAACAAAAGUGUAAAGAGACGAGACGGGGUUCUUUUGCACGUACACACUUACAACAAUUAUACUUAUUAUUCUCUCGUUCCCUUCUCGCUCUUUGCCGCUUGCUUACUUUCUUCUUAGCACUUUAGGCGUUUAGAAGAAGGUGGAACAAAAACACGCGAUAGAAGACGCUAUAAGCAAUCAUGGGUCUUCUUCUACUACUGAUAGUGAUAACUAACUAGCAAGAUUCUCGCGAUCGAUCGAGAAAAAAAAAACACAUUGACAGCAAAACAAAAGGGGAAGAAAAACGGAUGAGCCAGUGAGCAAACAGCAGCAGAAGAAGAAGAAGAAAAAACAGGUGGAUAGAGCAACUAACCAAAAUGAACCUUUUCCCCUCUCUAAACAAUCUACCCAAGAACGUGUUCUUUCAUUCCAAACCAUUUCCAAACCAGUAGCGGCGAUCGGGGCGGCGUGGAGAGCGAUUGUCGAGUAGCUUUUCUGCAUGUAGUGUAGGUUUUUAGGAAGACGAAAAUACAACAAAUAUCACAACCCAAUGAAGAGCAUUUUCUCUCUCCAUUUUGGCUAACAUUGGAAGAUCGCUUUAACCUUUAACACGAAAAACUACACAAACAUACACACAUACGAGCAAUGGAACACAGAUAGAGCAAUGGAAAGAGCAACUACCUUUAUUAUCCCGCUCGUUGUUCUCUUCUCUUACCUUAAUCUGUUGUCAUGUUGUAAGCAGAGAUAAGGAGGUGAUAACGUUUCCCAAUCACGCUAGAGGACAGGGUUGUUUUGAGAUGCACGUAUACACAAUUCUCACUCACACACAGUUGUUUCGAUUCUCGAGGAUCACUGUCCUGUACUUCUUUCCAAAACAAAACCGAAAUUAAAAUGAAAUUUCUUCAACAUAGAGUACUUAAUAAAACACUUUAAACACACCUGCACACCUGGAAAGGACGACAACGAGUGAUUUUAGAAACUAAUCAGCACGAAUCAGUGAAGCUAAUAGUUUGAACAGAGUCCACGCCUUUCCACGAGCCCUAGUCUUGUAGGAUGCGCACAUACUUAUCAAACGAUUAAAUAAAACCGGUGACAUCUACCUAACCCCUAAACAUCAACUCAACUACCAAUUACUCGUGCAAGCAAAGCAAGAAAAAUGGUACUAAAGAAUGAAUCCAGUUAGAGAAGAAGUUAAAAAAAGAAGCGGUAAAUAGUGAGGUGAAAUGAGCAUGAAGCAAACAAGCACUUAAAUAUACUAAAAGAAACAAAUACACACACAUACACCCGGCACGGAUAGAACGGAAAGGGAAAACAGAGAACGUGAAAAGAUUGCAAAAAAAAGAGAAAAAGAAAAGAGAACAAAUAAAAAUAAACAAGCAAGCUUUAACAUAUUUUUAAACGAAUGCAUACGCUCAGAAGCACGAUGACAUAAAAGAUAAGCAAAAAAAACGAAAAGCAAAGGAGGAGAGGAAUACAAAGGUAUAAAUAAAUAUUAUAAAUAAAUUCUCCACACAUCCCAUGCGAAAUGGAUACACAAUUAACUAAAAGUUCGAUGAAUGAAAACAAGAAAAAAGCAGUAACGUGUGCAAUUGCAGUGGCAAGACACGAGAAAUGAAAGUGAAAAUAUGCAACAGCAAAAACAAAAACAUUAAGUAAGGAACACCAACAAAAAAACAACAAGCAAACAGUUACAAAACAAGAACAUUUAAAUAAAAAUGGCAUUUCCUGUGACAAAUCAAGUUUAGUGGCGUGUCUCUGUACACUGCGCGGAGACGAAGUCAAGCAGCUGAACAAGCGGCAAGCAGAGAAACAACUAAACAAAGACAAAAUAAAGCAAAAAUCUUUCAAACCAUACUGAAUUGUUUUGUGUGUGUGUGGGUGAGUGUGUGCAAACCAAACUCGAUCGUGCUUGCCUGCGGUAUGUUGACUGGCAACAGAUGGAAGAUGCACCUUUGAUAAUUGAAUAGAGACAAAUCUCCAUACCACACACUCACUUGAGUACUGUUUGUCUUACUACUAGCACUCGUUUUUGACGCCUGGCUGCGGAAAGCUUUUCGCAGCGGUGCGCUUCGUUCAUCUCUCUAGCUCUAGCUCGGCCACCCUCUCACAUACCUACAUCGUCGAAGUCGAUAAAUCAGCAAUCAUCGGAGAGAAUUUUGAGAAAAGUCUGAUAGUUUGUUUGUUUAUCACCUGGUCGGUUGAUGUGUACGUCUAAAAGUAAUGCACAGGUGCAAAGUCUAUAGAACACAACACAACCCUUCCCCAUGAAACACUGAAGGUAAGGAAGACACAGGAAAGCUUUCCCAAAAUCACACACAGCACAGAAACAAAUAAAGAAUAAAGAGAUGAAAAGCAUUUCGGUUGUGAGCAGUUUAGCUUCCGUGCUGCAUCCAUCCCGUUUUUGCAAACGUUUCGUUUCCCUUCCCAGAAAAGUGAGAGGCUAAGGCACCGAAUACAACUAGCGUACUUUAACGUGUCUAUAAGCACUAUCGGAAAGCGUGUUCUCCUGUUUCUUGUUCAAACGAUUAAGCUAGACAAGUUUUGUCACCUUUCCUACUGAAUAAAAAAGCUCCCUAAAUGCCGGUCGUCAACCGGCAAGAAGUGAGAACACUUACGUAGCAUUAACACUCGUGUAAGAUUGUGCAGGCAGGCAAGAAACUAUAGCUUUAAAACAGUUUGCAUCUUUAAGCGUUCUCUUAAAUGGUGAAGCCAAAUGGUCUAUUUGCUCCAGUGUGAAACGAAUUAAAAAGUAAAACAAAACGAGCACGUGCUUCACUUACUGCGUUACUUUAGUUUUGUACCAUUUGCUGUUCAUUCAUUGUGCACGUUGGAGGGUCAGAAAAAAACAGAAAAGAAGUCACCUUGCUAGUGGUAUUAGAAAGAGGUGUGUGCGUUAAAACAUCUUCCUAUUCUACCUAUUGCUAAUGCAUAGUGCGUGUUAAUAUUGGUAAAGUUUAAUGAAAGAAAUGGAAGGAACAGUGGGUAACAGGAAUACCAAAAGCAGCAAACAAACACAUUGAAAAUAAUGCAUGACAAUGCAAAUGCACGGUUCACAAUCUUGACAUACAUUUACACGCGUUUUGGGGACGAGAACGAGUGUAGUGAUAAGAAAGAUGCAGAAGGAGUAACGAAGACGGAUACUAUUUAAGUAAGCGAUUUGCACAGCAGCACCGUUGGAAGUCAAACUGCACCAUUCAAACAGAAUCUAGCAAUAGAAACAACGUACACAAGUCUAAGGAGAAAGAGAAAAGAAGGUAAAAAAACGAAACAAAAAGAGAGAAUAUAAGUAAAAGAGGUGAUGAUGAGAAAAAGGUAUAACAUAACAUAAACAUAGAACACCAAAAACGAAGAAAACAAAACAACAGACAAAUGGCUAGUAAGCGAUUAUCAAAGAGUAAAGUUGGAAGGAAAUGGUUUAACAAAAACGAGAUAAGCACUGUGCUUUUUGUUAUGGCUCCCCUGAGAAAGAUGAAAACCAAAGUAAAUAAGUUGCAUAUAACAAGCUGAAAAUGAAAAAAAAAAAAAUACGCUAGAAUGAGCAUUAAACAACAAGACACACCAUUGCGUUCAUAAAUGGAAAUGCUUGUUUGCACUUUGGCCAUCUUACUGUGUUUUGUGCUGUAUUUAAUUUAAGAAAGUAAUUGUAAAUAUGAGAUACAAAACAAACAAGCAAAACCACACUUACACAUUCAAGCCAACCGUUGAGUGAAAUAAAGCCCAAUUUGUGAGAAAAUCGAAUCAAAUUACCAUGAUGAUCAUUUAGCUCUGGGAGGGAUAGAAACACAGAUAAAAAACAAAUGCAUCUCAAUUUGGCAAACAGAACCGAACAGCAAACUUUACGACUGAAAAGCAUAUCCUACAAUUUCCGGUCAUCGUGUGGUCGUAUAUAAAUGAUCUAAGGAGUGCAAAAGCCGGGAACUACUUGUGCAAUUACAAACACACACCCUGAAGGCUCUCCAAAUUGUAUAAACCACUUGCACUUUACUUACAAACCGAAUCUCUCCCCAAAGAAAGCAUAAAAGAGAAGAAAUAAAAAAAAUACCCUCAUAAAAAUACCCUCUUUUCAACUGUUUUCUACUUGCAAAGCAAAUUCAUUCAAAGAAUGACAAACUAUUAGAACAAAUUGAGCACUGAAAGCGUUACUUGUUUAACUUCCAGCUCACCACUGGUGCGGUCAGUAUCCAUCUAUUUGUAACAUAUAUAAAUAUACUUAAAGUAACCUCUUCCCUUUUCCAACUUACACACUCUGUACCUUUUUGGGAUUAUGUAGAAACGUGUUUGGAAAGGAAUUAGAUCAUCCGCCGCCAGAUAAAAACAAAACAGAAUGCAUUCUUUCGGCAAAGGUUCACGUACUAGUUAUGACAGUAAACAGUAAAGCAAAGAACAAAACAAAACAAAAACUAACCUUAAACACUAUUAUCAAGUUUCCCUUGCAAACUCUAAUCUAAACGGUUUAUAGAUUGGUUUUGUUUCAUGAUCGCUAGCGGGACGUUAUGGGUGGGAUGAAAAAAAAAAACACACACAAAGAAAGAGAUAAAACUCACACAAUCACAGGUUACAGAAGAACACAACGUAACAGUGACAAAAGAAAAAGAGAAAUAACGCAACAAGAGAGAAAAAGAGAGAAAGAGAGAAAAAAGAACAUUACAACAAUUUUAACAAUUUCAAAAAUAAAAACACUUUAAAAAUGAGA